AUGUCCAAGGCAUCGGUUGAAACAUAUUCUGUAAUUGAACUUCCAUCAAUUUCCACACCUUUGAAUUCAAGUCGUCGACAGAUUCCAACGAAUAAUGAUAAUCAAAAAACAAAAACUACUGAAUUAUAUACAGCUGAAAAUGGUUCACCAGCUCAGAGCUCAUCUGCUCGUGUGCGUUUUCUUGAACCUUGUUCUGCUUAUAAUACAACACCAAAACCUUCAACAUUAAUUAAAAAUGUUCCAUCAGUUGACAGUUUUGAAGCAUUAUCUAUCGAAAAUAUCAACGAUUUUCAUCCUGAUGGACCUAAUUCUGUUAGUCGUGGUCUUCAAACAGAUAUUAGUAAUGCAUCAGUGAUUGACUGGGUGUUAGGACAAAAGAGUUCAUCGACUGGCGAUAGUUUAAUAAAUGGUGGAAAAUAUUCAGUAAUAUCGAAACAUCGAAGUUAUUAUAUGUUUCGAAAUGAACAAGCUCAAGAUCCCAGUACAGAAAAAGAUCGUGUGCGUGUUAUUGUUCGUAUUCGACCAGUAAAUAAUCGUGAAAUGGAAAAAAAUGAUCGAUCAAUAUUACAUUGCGAAGGGGAAACUUCUAUUUUAGUCGAAGGUGCACAACCAAGUCGACGAUUUACAUUUGAUAGUGUUUUUGAUGUAUCAUCAACACAAGAAGACGUAUUUCAUUAUAGUGGUAUCAAGCGUUUAGUCGAUAUGGCUAUCGAAGGAUAUAUUUCAACUUGUUUUGCAUACGGUCAAACCGGUAGUGGAAAAACACAUACAAUGCUUGGUCCAGGAGGCGCUGCCAUUUUUCGUAUGGAUGAAAAUUAUCGUAUAAAAAACUUUGGUUUAGUUCCACGAGCAAUUAAUUAUUUAUUUCAACGAUUACGCGAAAAAGCUCAAGAAACAAAUACUCCUUUUUAUAUUCGUGUAUCCUAUUGUGAAAUCUAUAAUGAACAAAUUCGUGAUUUAAUUAAUCCAGGACAUACUGAAAGUUUACAAGUACGUGGUUCAGUUGAAGAUGGAUUUUAUGUUGGAAAUCUUUUUCAAACAUAUAUUGAAACUAUGGAUGAAUUAUUAACAAUACUUGAAGAAGGUGAAUUAAAUCGAGCUAUGGCUUCACAUAAUCUUAAUGAUACGUCAAGUCGUAGUCAUGCAAUGCUUUCAAUUCAAAUUGAACAAGAUAUACAAGGAAAUGAUGAUCCAAAAGAACAAAUGACUCGACAAGGAAAAUUAGUUUUCGUUGAUUUAGCUGGAAGUGAAAAAGUCAAAGUAAGUCUUUCGAAAGGUAAACAACUCACCGAAACCAAUAAUAUCAAUAAAAGUUUACUUACACUUGGUACAUGCAUUUCGGCAUUAAGUGAUCCUGUUAAACGUGCUGGUCAUAUUCCAUAUCGCGAUUCAAAAUUAACACGUCUAUUAGCAGAUAGUUUGGGUGGACAUGGAAUAACCUUAAUGAUUGCAUGUAUAUCUCCAGCAAGUUCAUGUGAAAAUGAAAGUUUAAGUACAUUACGUUAUGCUAAUCGCGCAAAAAAUAUUGAAAAUGCUCCUAUAAUAAAAACAGAUUCAAAGGAAAAUGUUAUUAAUCGUUUAAAACGUGAAGUACGAAAAUUAAAAGAUGAAAAUCAUGAAUUACGACAAAAAUUAGGCUAUCAAGGAAACACAUUACCUAAAAUUAAAACUCGUAGUUCAGAUUCUGGUUCACUAACAUCAAUGCGUUCAGCAGCGAGUAUGGAUAUAUAUGAUAGUCGUCAAGAUAAUCAGUAA